UCCAGGAUCCUCCUUUGCGACUCCCCCCAAGGAUCCACCCCGUGUUUUCCUCCAUGCCUCCCAGCGUACAGCCCCGAACGUCACCCUCCCUCCCCCUCCCCUUAGCAACAGAGGCAACAUGGCGGCGUCCAGUACAGCAGAGCAUUCUCCAGAGAUAUCGACGCCGUUAAAGAUACCGAAAACCGAGGUGCCAUCCCCCGAGUCGGAGGAUUUGAGUGACAGUAAUCAAUACCACUCCAACCCUUCGACGCCUAACCGCUUCUCGCCUCUGAACGUAUGCUCGGGGACCGCGGGCCGGACGGCGGCCUCAUCCUCCUCCAACAGCUUCACGGCUUGCCGGGGAAUGUCGUGGACCCCGUCCGAGACAAACGCCCUCAUCGCGGUGUGGGGCAACGAGAGGCUGACGGAGGCGCGGAUGCAGCAGCUGGAGGUCGCGGGCACCGUGUUCUCCGGUAAGGCCCCCGGGCCCGCCAUGUACGAGCGGGUGUCCAGAGCCCUGUCGGAGCUGGGAUACGAGAGGACCCCAUCCCAGUGCAGGGAGAGGAUGAAGACGCUGCGGCGCUGCUACAGCCGCGUGAAGGAGCACGGCAUCGGCAAAAGGAAGAGCAGCUACACCAUAGAGCAGCUGGAGAAGGUGUUCGGCCAGGGAGGCUGGGACUCCCAGAGCUGUGCCCCGGUGCUGAUCAACAGCAGCGGGCUGUAUCAGGAGAUGGAGUCUGACAACAGCACCCUGGAAGACUUCUCCCAGGAGGACUGGUGCAACCAGGUGCUGGACUCGGCCUUCCAGGAGGGGGACAUGGAGACUGAAGAAAUCCAGGGGCCUAAAAACCGAGCUCUGCAGAUUCAAAUCGAGCUGUCAGAACAGAUCCAGAAAAGGGAGACGAUGCAGACUGUGAUGCGCAUCCUGGAGUCGGUGCAGCUGAAAUGGGAACACUUCCAGACAUGGACGGAGUUUUCUCGGCUGCACCUGUCCAACAAGCUGGCCAUCUUCGGCGUGGGCUACAACACGCGCUGGCGCGAGGACGUGCGGUACCACUAUGCCGAAAUCAGCUCGCAGGUGCCGCUGGGCAAGAGGCUCCGCGAGUACUUCAACCCAGAGAAGCCCGAGGGCCGCGUCGUCAUGACCAGGGUCCAGAAGAUGAACUGGAAGAACGUCUACUACAAGUUCCUGGACAUCACCAUCAGCGAGGCGCGCUGCCUGGAGCUCCACAUGGAGGUGGACUGGAUCCCUGUUUCCCAGUCCAGGGCGGCGGGCUGCGGCAAGAGCACAUCCCACUACCUCCUUCCUGGGGACAUCCCCAAGGCGUACGGACUAUACGCCAUCGGCUACGAGGCGGCGUCGCCCUUUCACGAUGCCGCUCACACCUUUCCCUGGGGCGACGGCGAAGACCGCAGCUCGCCUCGCCGCGAGUCGGAGAACGGAGCGCACAGUCAGGCCGACGGAGAAGGUCCGGAGAGGUGGGACAGGACUAGGUGUGAAGUCACUUACUGCUACCUGGGCAUAGCGGAGGAGAGGACCAUACAGCAGAGUCUCUUCCAGCACUUCCAAGGCUCCGGCAAACACUACGCCCACGGCGAACCCUCUGGCGUGACGCGUUUCCUGCAGGAGAACUGCCGCGGUGGCAUCGCGAAUCAGAGCGGGGACGGGGCCGAGGACUCAUCGCAGCGUUUUGCCAUUUACAUCAAAUUCAUCGAGGUGGAGCUGGACUUCCUCUCGGCCGGCUCCCUGCUGGAGUGCCUGGAGACGGCCGUCGGCUGUCCCUUGAAAUACAACAACAAAGAAACGUCGUAACAACACUCUGCGUUUCGCUUGUUGUAUCGACUAAAGAUACGAUUAGCAAAGCGUUCCAGCCAGCGAGGCAACAUGAAAGGUGAUUCUGUCUGCUUCCACGCAUGGAUGUGUGCAGGAGUCUUUUGCAGCCUAUUGAACUGAUUUCUCAUCAGACCCUCAUUAAGUCUAAAAAGAGUGACGAUAAAGUGGAUUUAUUGUUCAGAGAUGCGGGAACGCUAACUUAAGUAUUACAGAGCUGCAACAUCCAAGAAGUAUGUACUUAUUAUUUAAGGCUUAUGUGCACUACAAAGGUUUCUGCUGCUCGUUUAGUGUAGAUAAGUAUUGCCUCAUCAGGGAGCAUGGGGUUGGCUAGGUGACUACUGCAGCAUGCAUCCGUCUACCUCAGUAGGAUGUAGCGAACAAGGCAGCAAGCGGACCACGGUCUGCCUUUACUGUGACUGUUGAGCUGCGGACCUGAACUCAGAAAAGCAUGGAAGGGUAGCGUGCUGGUUUAUGCCUUAUGUUUUUGCACGUGUUACCGGGCUGCAGCUGGGGAUGCUUCCAUGCAGAUCGGGUGGUAUCGACCAAUGCGGAUACCUGGGAACGCUGGGUGCACUAACACAACCGCCGGUUGGGCGUGGUUUCCUCUCCAUUUCAAUUCAGCACAGUAAACCACACGUGCCGCCUGAUGCCGACCUGUCACAGCGGCUCUGUGCAGCCGGUAAAUAUAACGCCACGUGUGCUGACGGCGCUGUAAAUAAUGCAGACUAUUGGAAACCUUUCUCACGCUGCUUAUCAUUCAUUAUCUGUAGAGAUGUUCUGAUACCUGCACUUGCGUAUCAACCAAUACAGAGUAUCGAUCCGAUACCAGUGCUUUGGAAAGAAAAAGAUGCAUAUAUUAUUCUGUUUUACGGAUGUGAUAUGAUGCUAUCAUUGAUGUAUGGCCUGGCUCAGGUUAAUCCUUUUCUAAAACAUGAACAAAUACAUACAGAGAAGGAAAGCCACUUUCUACUGAAAAAUCAUUUCAAUAAAUACAUCUAGAAAUAAAUAACAAUUCCUUGAAUAAAUUGUUAAAGUGCAGCUGCGAUAAUACUACAGUUACAGUACUAAAAAGUUGUGCACGGAUUGUUUUUGUCAUGAUGGUUGGUAUGAUAACGUGGCACCUGACCGGUGCACAGGCUCCCGUACCGGCCGAUACCCUCCCACAUGUUAAGCUGUAUCGCAGGCGUUUUCUGAUACUGGGCUCUGUGAAGAUUCAAUGAAACUUCAUCACAGCACACUGUACCACCUGCUGCUGUGUGCUCGGCCUCCUCACUCUCUUUGUUG